AUGCUACAUUCAGCUUUGGCUCUCUGCAUCUUACUCGUCAUAGUUCCUUCCAACCUUGCCAUUGCAAUCAAAAAGGAAAAGAGAACUCCUCAGAAACUCUCAAGAGGGUGGGGAGAUGGCAUCACAUGGGUGCAGACUUAUGAAGAAGGUCUCUUUCAAAUUCAAAAAAGUAACAAGCCACUGAUGGUUAUUCAUCAUUUAGAGGAUUGCCAAUACUGCCAAGCACUUAAAAAAAUGUUUGCAGAAAGUAAAGAAAUACAAGAAAUGGCUAAGAAUAAUUUCAUCAUGCUGAAUCUCGUGCAUGAGACCAAUGAUAAGAAUUUAUCACCUGAUGGGCAAUAUGUACCUAGAAUCAUGUUUGUGGAUCCUUCUUUAACAGUCAGAGCUGAUAUUACUGGAAGAUACUCUAAUAGACUAUACACAUAUGAGCCUCAGGAUUUACCAAUAUUGAUAGAAAACAUGAAGAAAGCAUUAAAACUUAUGCAGUCAGAGUUAUAA